AUGGCGUUCACGUCGACGUCGCUCGAGCUGCCAUGCACCAUGCUGCCGGCCACGGCCACCACCCGCCGCCACGCGAGGCUGGGAACCGUCCGCUGCACGGCGGCCGCGGCCACGGCGAGCGCAGUCGCCACGUCGUUGUCGCCAGCGGCUGAGCGGUCGGCGUGGGCGCCGGUGACGAGGACGAGCACCUCGCGGGCGGCGCCGGCGUCGACGUCGGGCUCUGUCGUCGCGCGGGUGUGGAGGAAGAUACAGGGCUCCGGCGACUGGGAUGGCAUGCUCGAGCCGCUGCACCCGCUGCUCCGCGGCGAGGUGGCGCGGUACGGGGAGCUCGUCGGCGCGUGCUACGCGGCGUUGGAGGAGGACCCCUCGUCUGCGAGGUACAUGAACUGCAAGUACGGCAAGCGCCGGAUGCUGGAGGACGCCGGCGUGGCUGGGGCGCCGGGGUACGAGGUGACGAGGUACAUCUACUCGUCUUCCGACGCCGCUGUGCCGGGCGUGGAGGCGUCGACCAGCGGCCGAGCCAGCUGGGUCGGGUACGUCGCAGUGUCCACCGACGAGACGACGCGGCGGCUCGGGCGGCGCGACGUGCUCGUCUCGUUGCGCGGCACCAUCACGCCCGCCGAGUGGAUGGCCAACCUCAAGAGCUCGCUCGUGCCGGCGCACCUCGGCCCGCGCGGCGACGACGAGGACGACGUGAAGGUCGAGUCGGGAUUCCUCAGCGUCUACACCUCCGCCGACGAGACGUGCCGCUUCGGCUGCGCCGACAGCUGCCGCGACCAGCUCCUCCGCGAGGUCUCCCGCCUCGUCACCUCCCACUCCGGCGAGGACGUCAGCGUCACGCUCGCCGGCCACAGCAUGGGUGGCGCACUCGCGCUGCUCCUGGCGUACGACCUCGCCGGGCAGGGCCUCAACCGCGCCGCCCCGGUCACCGUCUUCUCCUACGGCGGGCCGCGGGUCGGCAACGCCGCCUUCAAGGCACGGUGCGACGAGCUCGGCAUCAAGGUUCUCCGCGUCGCCAACGCCCGGGACCCGGUCACCAAGGUCCCGGGCGUCUUCCUCAACGAAGCCACGACGAGGUCAGGGCCGCUCGCCGCCAUGAGCGGCGCGUGCUACACCCACGUCGGCCAGGAGCUCGCCCUCGACUUCAUCAAUCUGAGCGACCUUGGCAGCGUGCAUGACCUCGGAUCCUACGUCGCGUGUCUCAAAGAAGAGGCGGCAGACUGCGGCGAGGUGGCCACCACCACCAAUGCGGACGCCGGCGUUCUCGCCAUGGCGAUGGAGCUCGUCGGCGGGAGGCAGUGGCAGUGGAAGGACGCCGCCAUGGCGGUAGGCGGGUUGGUGCAGUCUACUGGCUUGAUAUGA